AUGGAAGAACAAAUGCAGCAACUAUCCCUGAGCGACACUUCUCGUGACAAAAGUGCCAAAAAGCAGGGCGACAUUUCUUGUGACAAAGAUAACAAAAAUCAAGAUGUCACUUCUUAUAACAAAUGCAAGAAAAAUCAGAAGCCGUCCACCCGGAAACCAAAUCAGCUGUUUCAGACAACCAGACAGAUACUCGAUAAAAGGAUAAAUGAGCUGGAGACAUAUUAUAAGAGGUUAAGCAAGAAACGAAAUAAUGUAAAUAGUGAAAACAGUCUAGAAGAUGAACGUAUCAAAGUUAAUCUCGUAGUGGAGGACAUAAAGAAUCAGCUCAACGUUAUGCGUGAAUUACGCAAAGCUUAUCUGUCCGAUAUGAAGAAAAUUAAACGAGCAAAGAAUAAGCAAAGAAAGAAAAGUAAAAAGAAUUUUGUGAAACUAAUGGGAGAUUUUCAACGUUACAAAGAACUUCUGUCAUUGCUUCAGUAUGCUGAUGUGAGAGAAGCAUUUCGUACUGGAACCAAUGGAGCUGUAAUUGCAUCUGAUGCUGAUAUGGAAUUUGACCCCAACGAGACAUUUAAUGGCAAAGUGUCGAAGUGCAAUCUUCAAAACAUGUACAAUAAUGCUGUCAUUCGUUCAAAUGUUCAGCAACGCUGUGCAGAAACGGAAAAAAAAGAAUCAGCUACGAUGACGAAUAGCAAAGAGAAUUAUAAGUUCAUAAAAAGAAGCGAUAUACCUGACGAUUAUUAUCUUUGCUUUAAUUAUUAUCCUGCUCGUUUCACCGCAGAUGUCAAAGUACCGCCAUCAUUGGCUCGACGACCGCCACCAGGAAUAUUUCGUUGUGAUAUCUGA